UACUACGUUUUUUCAGAACGAGUAACAAAGUUUUCGAAAAUGAAUGCAUGCUAGAAGAAGUACUUUACAUUGUACCUUUGUACCUAGGUACAUCCCGAGGUACCAUCUACAUUCUACACCCUCCCAACACGCUUACUUCAAUUUUCUUCUAUUCGAGCAGGCUAAGCACUUCUGCAGGGAUUGGAAGUUAAAACAAGAUAGAGAUCUUCAAUCAAAACAUGGCGGAAUUGAAAUUUCUCGGAAUGGACUUCAGCUGCGCGUUGGGAUCUCUCAGCAAAGGUGAGUUUCCAGGGAGGGACUGUCUGCUUCCGUUAGUAUCAAAGCUGUUGGGAUACGCCAUCGUAGCUGCCUCCACCACCGUCAAGCUUCCUCAGAUAUUAAAGAUUUUGAAACACAAAAGUGUGAGAGGGCUAAGUGUGGUAGCCUUUGAACUUGAAGCAGUUGGCUAUACCAUAGCGCUGGCAUAUUGUCUUCACAAAGGGCUUCCUUUUUCAGCUUUUGGAGAGUAUGCAUUUCUUUUGAUCCAAGCACUCAUCUUAGUUGCAAUCAUCUACUACUUCUCUCAACCUUUGGGGACCAAGACAUGGAUGAGAGCAUUACUAUACUGUGGUAUUGCACCAACUAUUUUAGCAGGCAAAAUCGAUCCCAUUCUUUUUGAGGCUCUCUAUGCUUCCCAACAUGCGGUUUUUCUUUUUGCAAGAAUUCCACAGAUAUGGCAGAACUUCAAGAACAAGAGCACGGGAGAGUUGAGCUUCUUAACCUUUUUUAUGAACUUUGGAGGUUCAAUGGUUAGAGUUUUUACAAGCAUCCAAGAAAAGGCUCCAACAAGCGUUGCAAUGGGUUCCGUGCUCGGUGUAGUGAUGAAUGGGACGAUCUUGAGCCAAAUUAUCAUGUAUCAGAAGCCUACUGCAAAGGACAAGAAAAGGGAUUAGGUUUAUCUUCUGCCCGGUAAUGGUUUGAAGGACAUUUUUUUAAGUUCAUGUUGAAUUGUCAAGUGGGGUUUGGUUAAUGAGUAAAAUAUAGAUGCAGUAUUAAAAAAGUGGAAGUGCUGUCCUAAAAAAAAUAUUUUCUCAGUCCUAAUAAAAUAGUUACCAUUAUAGACUUAACAUAAAAUAAUGAAAUGUUAAAUGAAUU